UCUAACCACUCAUAUAUUGGUUCAGAUGUAAAAGUAGUUACUGAAAUUUGGACUUCAAACUCAGCCUUGACCUGCAUCAUUAACGCAGGCUUGAUCAUUGACGCAGUAAAUGUCUUCGGAGAAGACAUUUACAAGAACGUCAAUUUCUUCAGGAGCGUACUGGCGAAGAAUAAGGUUUGCUUUUAAGACGGUUAUUGACCUGUCGAUUAAGUUUAUGAGGCUGCUGAAUAGUUAUAUUGUGGACCUUGGGACGAAGUAUAAUAAGGAAGAUCGUGUCGUGUGCAGAGGUGUCAGAGCUGAGAUAUUUAGCAAUGUUAAAGAUGGAGAAAUUUUCAGAAUGAUUAGUUGGAAUUGUGCUAGCGAAAAUUUAAGCACUGCAGAAAAGUUUGAAAAGCAUUGAGAAGGAAAAGCAUCUUCAUUGGUUAAGUUUAAUGUGAAGGCUCACUGCUUCAAUGCAGGCCAGAUAAACCUUUUCGGAGUUUCAAAGUACAAAUCUGAAGAAGAGACCUUGAUCCCUCCUUACUCAGCAUGUAUAUGUAUUAAGAAGGAGAAAAUGAAGGCUGAUGACUGUACUGAAGAGGGUUUUGAUACUCUUUCAACUAAAGAAGAAGAAAAGAGAGAUGACUUCAACACUGAACCUACAGAGGCAGAAGAUAGGGAAGAUGACCCUAAAAAGAAAGCGGAUGGGGGCAAAGCAGAGAGGUUGAGAACUGUCUUUGUGAUGAACUUAGCUAAAGAUAACAAGAACAUUAAGAAAGAUUUAAAAUGUAGCUUUUAA